AUGCAGAUUGGCGGCAGAAAAGGCCAACCAGUCCAGAUUGCCACGCAUGCCAUUCGAGCAUUCCAGAAGGCCUGCGUCGACAGGAAACGGUCUUGGGCCAUCCUGUUCGUCGACCUUAGAGAAGCGUUCCAUAGGGUCGUCCGCCCACUGAUACACGGAGGUAGCCUUAGUGAUGAACACCUUGCGGGAAUCAUUAAAGAAAUAGGCCUCCCCACGCAAUCAAUCCACAGACUCUAUGAGUAUGCCAGGGAACAGUCCUUGAUCCAGGAAGCCGGCGCUUCCACAUGGACUUCUCAAGUCAUGCGGGAAUUCAUGGAGGAUUCCUGGGUCACUUACGGAGAUUGUCCACAACUGGCCUCCGUUCGAGCCGGAACCCGACCGGGCGACAACUUGGCGGAUCUUGUUUUCACUUUCCUCUUCGCGGAAAUUCUGCAUCGAGUGCGCGAGCAAUUCCAACGGAGAGGUUUGUCGGUACACAUUCCCUGGAACCCUGAGUGGCUUUGCCGCAAGAAGUCAACGGCGGCGGCUGCCACAUGUUCUCCAGUUGACGCCACCUGGAUGGAUGACCUCGCUGUCAUCCUGACAGAUGCCACCGCACAGGGACUUUUGGCGAAACUAAAAGCUGCCACCUGCGUGACUCUAGAAGAAUGCUUAAAGGCAGCCCUGCUCCCAAACCUCCGUGCCGGCAAGACUGAGGCACUGGUUGCCUUGUAUGGACCGGGCUCCAAUACACUAGCAAAGGAAGUCUUCAGAGGAAAGCUUCCUCAGCUGCCCCUGGAUUCCUCCCUAUGGCCGGAAGCUAGUUUGGGUUUGGCAUCCUGCAUGCAAAGGGCAUUCAACAAGCAUCGUCGACAAGUCUUUGCUUCUCCCAUAGUGAGGAUUGCCGAAAAAGCCAUCCUGUUUACCUCACUCAUAGAGUCGACCCUGUACUACGGUGCAGGGACAUGGUCAGGCCUACGACCGGCAGACAUUGCCCGACUACAAAGUCACGUUGUUAACAUGGCACGCAGUAUGCUCUCGAACGGUCGAAAAGAGGCUGACCUUUGCCACGACAGUCACCACAGCAUCCUUGCUGCGGCUCGAAUCCCUACUGUAUCCACUUCACUCCAUGUGGAGCGGCUUCGUCACUUCAAAGCCACUGUUCUCAAAGCCACGGAUGAACUUUGGUCUCUCCUCCACCACGAAGCUGCUUGGAUUGACACUGUCCAAGACUCUUUAGGAUGGCUUCAGGAGCGGCACAGAUGUUGCUGUUCUGACUCCCCACCCUGGGCUGAUUGGGACUUUGCUGUGGGCUUCAUCCGGACCUCACCUGAGGCCUGGAAGAGAACUGUGAAUCGGGCCAAAUACAUCGCUACUCUGGAAGAACUCUGGCAAGCUGAACUGAAUAAGUUUAAAGGCCUUGCAUUUCGAGCAUUCCUGAAGGCUGGAGCCUGUCUACCUUCUAAUCUGCCACCUAGGCAGAGUGCUCAUGAGGUUUGCGAGAUCUGCGGUGUCGUUUUUGAUGACCUUCGUGCAUGGUCUCACCAUGCUUUUAAAAGGCAUGGGCGCCUCAAUCCAGUGCGACGUUUAGCACAAGGCACCCAAUGUGCUGUGUGCUUGGCUCACUUCCGUUCCAACAAAGGCUUAUGCAAUCACCUCGAAUAUGCCCGUAGAUGUCGACACGCCCUCAUCAAUCAGGGCUUUGAUUGUAUUGCUGAGCUUGGCACAGGGAGUAGGAAAUUCGACAGUGGCGCCCGAGUGCUGCUUCCUUCUGUGAGGGCGCAGGGUCCACUCCUUCAAUGGAACCAUGCCCCUGCCAUUGAUGAGCAGCAUCUCCCCUCUGAGCGGAUCCUGCGCGACUUGGAGGCCCUUUUCUGUCAUGAUGUCGGCACCUGUGUGGAUUGGUCUGCCUUUGUCGAUAGGCUUCAGUCCAUCUUCAAGGGCGAGUGCCUCCAACAGUCCAGACUCAAAGCCACUGCUGAGCAAUGGACCCAGCAGUUACAUCACACGUUAGACCAGGAUGACGACUGGAAUGUCCAAUGGGUUUCGUGGCACCUUCGGGCCGCACGUCUACUUCAGGAAGUCGACUUUGUCGAGUGGCUUGGCAAUGAGGGCUGCACGCCAUCCCUUGUUACUUCCACGUUUCGUGAUGCAGAGACCCUUACUCCAUGGUUGGACUUUUCUGGUGUCAUCAUCCCCACAGUUCCUGCACCUGUGCAAUUUGGUUUCUGCUUUUCUGCUGGUGCACCCAAGCCUCAGUGGCUUCACUGCCGUGCCGGGACAGACAAGGAGUGUUUUGCUUGCACGGAUUGGGCUGAUGCCGCAGGUGAAGACAAAUUGGUUUUCCUGUCCGGGGCCGGCCUCCGUGGCUCCUUCUCACUCCCCUUCCCACUCCGGUCCUUUGCUUCCAUUUCGGACCAAUUGACUCAACUCCGUCUCCUCUCUGACCUUGUCAGGGGAGCCUUCUUCCUUUGGACGAGCCACCUGCUUGUUUCUUCGCAAGAUCUCCUGCUCUACAGUUGA